AUGGCCGAGGUAUACGUUCGCGUGGCUGAGGAGGAAAAUGAGGAGCCCAUGGAGAUCCCGUCGGAGGACGACGGUACUGUUCUGCUGUCGACGGUGUCGGCCCAGUUCCCUGGAGCGUGCGGCCUCCGGUUCAGGAGCCCCGUGUCCCAAUGCAUGCGCGGCGUGCGGAUCGUCGAGGGAGUUCUACACGCCCCCGAGACUGGUUGGGGCAACAUGGUUUACGUGGUCAACUAUCCGAAAGAUAACAAAAGGAAAAUGGAAGAAAUCGAUGCUUCUUCAGCUGUAAAGAUGAAGCGGAAUGACAUGAAGACGUCGGACCUUAUCGUGCUGGGUCUUCCUUGGAAAACGACUGAGCAAGACCUGAAAGAAUACUUCAGUACUUUUGGGGAAGUCAUCAUGGUGCAGGUAAAACGAGACGGCAGGUCAGGAAACUCCAAAGGGUUUGGAUUUGUGCGGUUCACGGAGUACGAAUCCCAGGAAAAAGUCAUUGCCCAGCGCCACAUGAUUGAUGGCAGAUGGUGUGACUGCAAGUUCCCCAACUCCAAGGUGAAUAUGCAAGGCCCGGACGAGCCAAUGAGGAGCCGCAAAGUGUUUGUGGGGCGUUGCACAGAAGAUAUGACCACCGACGAGCUGAGGCAGUUCUUUAUGCAGUACGGGGAAGUCACAGAUGUCUUCAUCCCCAAGCCGUUUCGUGCUUUCGCCUUUGUAACGUUUGCAGAUGAUCAGGUGGCUCAGUCUCUGUGUGGCGAAGACCUGAUCAUCAAAGGCGUGAGCGUCCAUAUCUCAAACGCGGAGCCCAAACACGGCAACAGGCAGUUUGACCGCACCACGCGUUUCGGCAACGGCUUCGGCGCCCAAGCGUUCGGAGCGAGCCGCGGCGGCAUGGGGAGCAGCGCCAACAGUAACAUGGCCAAUUUCGGUUCCUUCAGCCUCAACCCCGCCAUGAUGGCGGCGGCGCAAGCGGCCCUGCAGAGCAGUUGGGGAAUGAUGGGCAUGCUGGCCAGCCAGCAGUCAUCCUCGUCAGGCAGCGGCACCGGCGGCGGCAGCUCCAGUCGGGACCAAAGUCAGUCGUUUAGCGGGGGCAACACCAACUACGGCGCCGGCUCGGCCAGCCUGGGCUGGGGCACGGGAUCAAACUCCACCAGCGGUGGUAGUGGCUUUAGCUCAGGGUUUGGGUCCAGCAUGGAGUCAAAGUCGUCUGGGUGGGGUAUGUAA